AAUUAUUCAGGUUGACAGAGAUGGAGAAAGAUUUUAUGCAAUAGUUUGUGACGUAGACAGCAAAGCAAUAAAUGAUGACGUAUGUUAGUGAGUAAAGCAGAAAUAAAAUAAACGAGUGUAGCCAGCAAGUUGAGUGAGAGUGCGUGCGUGAGUGAGUUCUCCAAGUGGCUGAAUUUACCCAGCACUGAGAUAGAGAGAAAGAGAAAGACUAGUAACCAGAGUGGGAGAUACACAUACCUAAGGAGGAACCGUCGCCUGUUCUGUCUGUCGGUGUACUGUAAACGGGCAUGUUGUGACAUUCAAGUGAAAAUAUCUACCGGUUGCCAUAAAAAAAAUUACAAAGAAAAUAAAUAACAAAGAAGCCAAAACACCUAAAUCAAGAAAAUGGGUAUUGCAAAUGACCUCCAAGGGAGGUCAUCACAUGAGGCCCUCAUUCGCCUCUUGGAUGAAGAACUUAGCCUUAUGGAGACCAUGAAAAAGUGUAUGGCCAUUCGAGUUGAAGGUGACCGGAAAUAUGUAGAUAUGCUCUCUAACUUUCUACAAGCUGCUCAGAAAAUUGGAACAGUGGAAUUUCAAACAUCAAUAUAUCGAGCAUGGAACUGUAUUAUUGAAGAAACAGAAAAACUUGUAAAUCAUGUCCGAAAAAAUGUCGAUGAACUCAGCUCAAAAACAUUAAAAGCUUUGGGAAAUUUGAUACUCGAGAAGAAAUCAGCUAAGAAGUCUUACAUAGAAGAAAGGAUCUAUCUUGAUGAAGAAUUACUGAAGAUCCAAGAUGAUGUGAACAAACAGGAAAAUGACUACACAAGAGUACUUGAUAAGUUCAAAGUUGACAAAGCCAGAUACGAUGAUUUAUGUGCAAAAGGAAAAAUAAAAAAAAUUGAAGAUGCUAAGUCGCACUACCUUCGAACAACAUCCAAACUGCACAAACUACACAAUGAAUAUAUCAUUGCAAUUAAAGUAGCUUCAUUACACCAGAACGAUUAUCUUGUCAAACUUCUCCCUUCAUUUCUGACACACCAUGAAGAAACACACAUUGGUCUCACCGAAGGAUGGAAAUACAUUUUGUCUCAGUAUACUCAACUGACAGAUCUGACCAUGUCAAAACCCAGUUCCCCCACAAGUAUAAUAUCCAAGAGUGUUAAUAAUAUUGAACCAGACCAAUAUUUUCAGGACUUUGUUGCCAAACAUAAAUCUAACCCACUAACUGGUGAAAAGGUGACCUUCACAACAGCUCUACUCAGUGACUACUCAGGUACACUCAAAGCAGAAAAAUUGGCCAUUGAUGACCUCACUGCUACUUCUGUUAAGCAAAAGCUCGAAGAUAUUCGGAAAGAUGUCACUAAAUACGAAGAACAGAAGAACACUGUCUUAAAAGAACAAACUCAACUAGAAGCAGAUGUUGAGACAUGUUCAAGACUUUUAAAAGAGAAGGAUGAAAACACCACUGUGUUGGAAUUACAAAAACUCAAACAUAAGGUUUCUGUUAAUAAAUGGAAUUUCAUCAAGACAAAAUGUAACUACUUACAUUAUCAAGCCGUUGCUGAUUUUAUCGAUCAGUCUAUACAAGAAAUUGAUGGUGAACCCCCACCUGCUAUACCACACUUAGAUUUUGAUCCAUCAUGUUUGCAAGUUGGCUCUGGGGCUACAUUGCUUAAAAAAUUUAAUUCCAUGCCUAAUACAUUAAGGAGGUUUGCUAGUCGAAGUACUUUGUUCAAUAUGAGUACAAUAGAUUACUCAGCAGAGGAUGGCACUUCAAUGGUAUCAGCAAGUUCUUCACAAACAAAAGCCAGAUGGAAUAUAACAAAUAUUUUCAAAAGUCUUGGUGGUAACGUGAUUUCCACACCAUCUCCAGAUAACACUGAGAGCAAACAAAACCAAAACCAAAACCAGAAACAGAACUAUGAAGAACAGUUUGAUGUUAAGGGUGUUGAAGAAUACAAUGGAGAGGACAGCUCCUCUUCAGUAGCAUCCCUCUCUUCUUAUCUGAGAAGGUCACACGUCAAUCUUUCCAAGAACACCAACAGCAGUUGGUUGAAAACAUUGCAUACUACUACCGGCCGAGGUCUGGCUGAGAGAAACAAGUGGGAGUGUUACGAGGAAUCAAGUGUGCGGAAAAUAAGCCAGGAUUUGGGCAAUUUUAAUGAGACUGCACCAGUCAGCCAAAGAUUAGAAGAUGAAGAAUGGUUUCAUGGAGUUCUUCCUCGAGAAGAAGUACAGCGUCUUUUAGUCACUGAUGGGGAUUUCUUAGUUCGUGAAAGUAAGAACAAGAAAACAAAUGAAGUUUUGUAUGUACUUUCUGUUUACUGGAAUGGUCAUAGACAUUUCAUUAUUCAAACAAAAGAGGAGGGUUGGCAUUUGGAAGGUCCCACUUUUCCAACCAUCCAGCAUCUCAUUCAUAAUCAGAUGACUAAAGGACAGCCUGUUACAAGUAAAUCGCAAGCAAUUUUGAAAAAUCCAAUUUUAAGAGAGCCGUGGGAAUUGAAGAAUGAUGAUAUUCUUCUUGAUAUGAAAAUUGGCAAUGGUAAUUUUGGUGAAGUGUACAAGGGUAAAUAUAAACCAGAAGACAAGGUGGUAGCAGUAAAAACAUGUCGAGAUAGUUUAACCGAGGAACAACGAAAAACCUUCCUGCAAGAAGGACGUAUUCUAAAACAAUACGAUCAUCCUAAUAUCGUAAAAUUCAUUGGCAUUGCAGCCCAGAGAAAACCUGUCAUGAUUGUCAUGGAGUAUGUUGAAGGUGGGUCGUUGUUGUUAUUUUUGCGAAAAAAUGGACGACAACAAACACGAAAUCAACUUGUAUUAAUGUGCGAGAAUGCUUCUAGUGGAAUGAAUUACCUAGAGAGUAAAAACUGUAUACACAGGGAUUUGGCAGCACGCAACUGUCUUGUUGGAGAAAACAGCGUCAUAAAGAUUUCUGACUUUGGUAUGUCUCGUGAAGAAGAGAUGUAUGUUGUGUCAGAUGGAAUGAAACAAAUUCCUAUCAAAUGGACUGCGCCAGAAGCAUUGAAUUAUGGAAAAUAUACAUCACUGUGUGAUGUAUGGAGUUUUGGCAUUCUUAUGUGGGAGGUUUUCUCUUCCGGGCUUACACCUUAUCAAGGUAUGAGCAAUGCACAAGCGAAGGAACGAAUAGAUGCAGGCUACCGUAUGCCAGCACCUCAAGGAACCCCUGAGGAAAUAUAUGAACUGAUGCACCGGUGCUGGAAGUAUGAUCCAGAAGCUCGACCUCAUUUUGAUGAAAUCAACAAGGAGUUAAAGAAAAUCUUAGCUACCAUCUAGAUUUAAGAAUUAGGCAUUGUUACUACGCAACAAACUGAGAAUUGUUUCUAGGCAACAAGCUAUUAAACAUGAAAGCAUUUUUAGAGUGCUGUCUAUCCUAGAGUGAAAUGUAUAGCAAAAUGAGAAAGAAACUCUUUCCUCUCUUUUGCUAUUUUUUUCUUUCAGAAUGAAAAAGUGAAAGAAUUAUCUUGAAGAAAUGGUUAGGAUUUUGUACAGAUUAAAAUAAUCAAAUGGACUACAUAUUUUCUUUGUCUAAUUUUUAUAUUUAAAGAAAAAAUCCCAAGCAAAAGUAGGCAAUAAAUAUAUUUAACUUAAAAUUUCACAGGGAGAGAAAAAAAAAAGAGAAAUGAAAGAAAAAUUAUUAAA